ACAGAACAGAAGAAUUUAAAAUAAUGUGGAGCACCCGUUGUGCAGCAAGUAAGCGCCCUCUAUCCGUGAGAGUUUGUACUGCGUGUGUCAACGGUAAUGCAUGCUGGCAGCUGAACACACGCGAGACGACCGAAUACUGUCAGUGCACACAAUUGUCUACCUUCAGGCGCACACCGCACAGUCGAAACGAUGUUAACAUAUUUUUGAACCGUUUAUAUUUAUCCUCCACCAAAAAAGGACAUUGCACCACGAUUCACACCGUAAAAGAGCGCACGAUAAGAAGACUGAACGCAACAUUAUUUGGUUCGUAUUUGUGUAAUUCGUUUAGCAGAGCUGCAAUCAUGCCACUCGAUAAACAACCACCGUGUGGUACGAGCGUAUGGUAAAGUUUAGGGCCGGACCUGAAACCAAUCGUGUGGACGUGCUGGUUCUGGUAGCUCUUACUUUAAACGUACUUCACCAUCUGAGUGCUGUGGCGGGAACGGGCGGAUCAUGAUGGAACCGGACCGUGGUAUUGCUAUAAUGAACUUCAAGUGUCCGCUCUGUGAUAUGCCCAUCGAGUCUCAGGAGAAGCUGAAGCAACACAUCAAGGUCACGCACAGCCAUUACUACUACGAUACGUAUCUGUUUCCACCGGAAAUGUUGUUCCCGGGUGCAUCGUCCAGUGCAACGGCAAACGUGGAGGGUGUGAUCAGUAACGAACCGCUUUCCACACAGGAAGUGACAAUCGAGCAGGCGGAAGAGGAAUGCUGUACCUGCUGCGGCUACGAAGAGUCCGGGCAGGGUGGUGACUGUGGCUUUUGUGACUGUGAGGACGAUGCACAGGGCGAGUGUGACGACUGUCUGGUGAUGUGAAUCUGGCCUACCCUUCUACCGCAACUCUGCUUUAUUUCCGUUUCUAUUUACUUCGUUCGACAUGCAUGCCAAAGCUGGGGAGAUUCCGAUACUAACAGCGGAAACAAACGCUGCUCCAUAAGCGCAAGCAUAUUAAAUCAAUACGAAACGACAGCACGUACCACCAUCACCAGCCUCACACCAAAAUUUGCGUUUGCCUGCCUGACAAAGGAUGUUUUAUUCGCUCGAAAGUGCCUACACACAAUCUGUUUUUCUAUGUCAGCGUGCACACCGAGAAGUAAAUGGAAGUUUUGCAACAACAAAAAGAAUUGGAAAAGCACAGCACAUUUGCAGUCCACCACAAAGAAAGGAAGAGAAGCAUGCCACCAGAAUCCGGAGGUGGCAGUGAAGGAGACAAUUGUAUUACAGCAUACACUCUACCAAGGCACAAACAUAAUGUCACCAGAAAAUAGAGAAAAUUCAAUCGGAUAUGCCAAAACGCUUGCCUCCUUUGGAUGGAGAGGUAAUGGCCAAGGACACAAUGCUUCCUUCUCAACGGAUAAACCCUCCACGAAAGACUGUAAAUGUCCUCCUUUUUAUCUCACCAGUUCCAAGUGUCAAUACGCUCCAGACAUCCCAAACAAACCACCGAUUAAGUGUUAAGAUUUAGAACGAUACACAUGAGCUUUCUCUAUUUGCAAUCCAAGCUGAUCCCCGGGUCUCUGUACGGGUGUUGAUACCCGACACCGGAAGGGUGAAGUUUUUCUCAGUAGCUUUAAAGAAACAGAAACAGAUUUCAUUUACGGAUUUCUCUGUCACGCUAGGAUGUAGUGCUGAAUGUUAGGAUGUUCAACCUUGUAGCAAGGAACGUGUUUGAGGUUAGGUUUAGAAAGCAAACAGCAAAACUUUUACUCAUUGUUAACAAGCGUAGAAGCGGGAGUUGGUAGUAGUCGAUGUAAGUAUGUGUACUGUAUGUGUGCUUAUGGUUCUAGUUGAUAGAUGGCAAGAAUGGCAAUACUUAGACUGUAGUACGAUACACGAUGCACUCCAAUACGGUAUGAUCAUUAGCCUAAUGGGUUUACUUAAAGUUAGGAGAGUCUGAUAGCGUAUAACGAACAGGACGAACGUGUAAAUUUUACGAAAGGAUUGACUCGGAGGUCAUAUAUAGUACAUAGUACCAGUAUCCGUUAACAUGAUGCUGUACAAUGAUAAUGAUGUUGUGUAGCUCAAGAAUUCUUAUUUUCCAUUGCCAAAAAAGAACAAAA